AUGGUCGACGUCCUUCCCGUAUCCUCGUUCCCCUCACACAUCUCGCUCCUGCCAUCGAUCCAACAAUGCAACCUCUCGAACCUCCCUGAAAACUACUUCCUGAAAUACUACCUGUACCACGCCUUGACGUGGCCACAACUGAGUUUCGUGGCGGUGGUACGGGGCACGAACGGGACCAAACCCGGGACCUACCCAAAGGUGGUAGGGUACGUGCUGGCGAAGAUGGAAGAAGACCCGCCGGACGGGGUGCAGCACGGGCACAUCACGUCGCUGUCGGUGAUGCGGACGCACCGACGGCUGGGGAUCGCCGAGAAGCUGAUGCGCAUGAGCCAGCGGGCCAUGGCCGAGGUGUUCAACGCCAACUACGUCAGUCUGCACGUCCGCAUGAGCAACGUGGCGGCCCUGCAUCUGUAUCGUGACACGCUGGGCUUCGAGGUCGAGAAGGUCGAGAGCAAAUACUAUGCCGACGGCGAGGAUGCCUAUGCCAUGAAGAUGGAUCUGAGGGGCUUGCAGAUCAAGGAUGUGCCGGAGAAGGAGGACGAGGAUGCCGACGAAGGGGAUGCCGUGGGGAGUUUGGGCAAUGGUGCGGUUAAUGGUGCUGAGGGUGCGAAGAAGGAGAAGCUCGUCAAGGUUAAGGUCGGUCGUGGGCUGGGAGUGGGGGAUCUGGUCGAGAGGAAUGAAGGCUCGACGAAGGCUCAAUAUUGA